AUGGGUGGACGGGGCCCGGGGGCGGUUGACAAGCUGGAUCUCGCCAAGGCGAGAGUCGGUUCGGGACGAGGAGUCGCGUGUAGGAAUCUCUUGAGUCAUGCGCAGGCGAUAAGUGAAGUGAAUGGUGGCAUUGAGCAGCUGGGCGCCACCAAGGUGGGAGUUGCUGAGAUUCGAAUCGCAUGUGUGAUUCCUGUCCUACACCAACGCCUUGUGACUCCUUCAUAUCUGCCUCUACCCGCUCCUCCGCUUUCCCCGCUUUUCCACCCUUCUUUCCCGCUCUCCCCUCCCCCAACCUCCCCCCCCCCCUCCCUCCCCCCUCUCCCCCCUCCCCGACCAAUCUGCACCGCACCUGCUUCUCCUAGACCCACGUCUGCCCCACUGCAUGGAGUUGGGACCCCACAACGCGGGCACACUGUUCAUCCAGGCCCAAGAUCCGUGCUCUCCGUUGCUCUUAAACCAUUCCGUCUCACCAACCGCGUUACUCCCUUUCCUUCUUGUUUCCCCGUGUCCCUCCUCCUACCCCUUGCUCUCCCUGUUGCGCCACUCUGUGCCGUGCGGCGGUCCGCCCAAGUGAGCCCCGCAGCACUCGUGCCCGCAUUCUGCUCCUCCUCGGGGCCGCUUCGCCUGGACGCCGCAAGCACCACGGGCAGCGCAGGUAGACCGGUGGCGGGUCCAGUGGAGCUGCAGGGUGAACGCAGAUUCAACAGUAGCGGCAGCGGUGUGGUGCUGCACUGGGCAGCUUGUGUGACAUUCAUCCUUGUUGACCUUGAUGACCCCAUUCAUCCUCUGCAUAAACCAGCUGUCCCCAUCUCAGGUGCUCCUCCUCUGCCCUCCAUCACCCUCCCAUCUGCUCCCACCAUUCCAGCCACGCAGCAUCACCAUAGCCAUUGCACCCUCAGACACCACCCCUCCCUCUCGCCCACCAUCACCUACGUUAUGACCAUCUGCUGUCACUCGAUUCUCCCCUCCAUGCCCUUCUAA